AAAAUAUAAACAGUUGUAUGAAAGAAUGUGUACGUCUUAGAGAUAUUGCAAAUUGAGAUUAUUUCUGAGAUCAAGGUCUUUGAUUUUAUUGACAUAUAUUUAAUUCAGCUGUUUCUAUUAUAAUUGGACAAUUACUUCAAUCACUAUGCAGAAAUCAGAUGGUGGUAAAGGACGAGAGAAAAAAUUAUCCUGGGCUUAUCGGAAUAAAAAAAGAAUUUUGAAAAACAAACGUGUUGAAGAGGCUCCUGAAGAUACUACAAACGUACAGGUCCAAAAUAAAAAGGCUCGAAUUGUGCUUCGCAAUCUUCCGUUCAAGGUUACCGAGGAUGACAUUAAAAAACAUUAUGCACCGUAUGGUGAAAUUGAGGAAAUAAAUCUACUACGUCAUCCAGGUGGUAAACUGGUGGGUUGUGGUUUUGUGCAAUUUAAAAAAGUCGAGCAAGCUUCAAAGGCGAUAUUCAACACAAAUAAAAAAGAAUUGCUUGGAAGAAUCAUCGCUUCAGAUUGGGCAAUACCAAAAUACAAAUUUGCCGAAGGUAUUAAGGACGAUGUUGACAAAACUGAGGAUGUAACUGAUAAAACAGAAAGUAACACAGAAGCGAAUACUCAAAAUGAAGAGUCUACUUCUCUGUCGAAAACUCAAUUGAAGAAAAAUCUGAAGAAGAAAAAGAGAGACAAAGAUAAACUGAAAAACGUUCAGAAACGAGCAAGGAUUAUAGUUCGAAAUUUGUCAUUUAAUAUAACUGAUGAUUCAUUGAAAGAACACUUUGCGCCGUUUGGCAACGUAGAAGAAGUCAAGAUCCUGACUAGACCAGAUGGAAAACUUGUCGGUUGUGGAUUUGUUCAAUACAGUAAUGUACAGAGUGCCGCUAAAGCGAUACAUCAUUUAAAUUUAAAACCGCUGUUGGGUCGACCAAUAGUGGUUGAUUGGGCUGUACCAAAAACAAAGUUUGGUAAGGCUAAUGAACAGAAGGAUUCAAAUGAAGCGGCAAUAGAAGAAGUUGAAAUAAAAAAGGAAGAACCCGACGAGGAUGAUUCAGGUUUGGAUAAAGACCCAGACCAAAGUGAUAGAUUUUCAAAACUGGAAGCAGAUCAAUCUAACGACGGGGAGAGUGAGGAUGAAAAACCUAUUAAUUCAAGUAUAGAGGAUGAAAUAGUUGUCAAAGAAGAUGAAGACGAUGAUGAAGAUGAAGAUGAAGAUGAAGAUGAGGAUAAAGUGGAAGUUAAGAUCUCACUAGAUGAAGUGAAUGAUGAAAAAUUUGAAGAGGACGAAGCUUCUCGACCACGCCGAAUUUCUAAUGACGUUAAUGAGGGAAAAACAGUCUUUCUCAAAAAUGUUCCCUUCUCCGCGACCAAUGAUGAUCUUAGGAAAUGCAUGGAGCAGUUUGGUCCAGUCUACUACGCUCUUGUUUGUAUGGACCCCCUUACGGAGCAUUCAAAAGGAACAGCGUUUGUUAAAUUCCAACACAUGGAGGAUGCUGAGAAAUGUUUAUCUGCUGGAACCGAGUUACGUAUACACGAUCAAACUCUAGAUCCUCACAAGGCACUGAACAGAAAUGAAGUACAGGAUAAAUCAGAGCUGAAAAAACAAAAAGUAACUGAUUCUAGAAACUUGUAUCUUGUCAAAGAAGGAGUGAUACUGGCUAGUAGUCCAGCUGCAGUAGGAGUAUCUGCAGGGGACAUGGCUCGUCGUUUACAGUUAGAACAAUGGAAAUCGCAAAUGCUGCGAAAUUUAAAUAUGUUCGUUUCAAGGGUUCGUCUGGUUGUGCAUAAUUUACCGAUUUCAGUGGAUGACAAAAAGCUGCGAGAAAUUUUCCAGAACCAUUCUGGGCCAAAAGCAGUUAUAAGAGAAGCCCGAGUGAUGCGUGAUUUACGAAACAUUGAGGCCAAUGGGAUUGGCAGGUCUAAAGAAUACGGUUUUGUUGCCUUUACAAGCCACGAAGAUGCGCUGAAAGCGUUGAGAAGUAUAAAUAACAAUCCAAAAAUCUUCGGCCCUACCAAGAGGCCUAUCGUUGCAUUUUCAAUCGAAAACAGAGUGAUGGUUAAUGCUAUUAAAAAACGAGUCGAAAAAAGUCGAGAGCGCAAUCCUCUGUGGACAGGAAGUAAACUGAAAACUAAGAAUGACCGGCCCAUGACAAACAAGAGAAAAUACGAAGAUGAAAAACCUUCGGAUAACAAGAAAACUAAUAUUACUGAUAGGCCGACUGUCAAUAAUAGAAACAAGGAUCGUCGGCCUGCGAAGCACGCUAGAUUAGAAAAUGGUAAUAACGAGGGUGAUGUUCAGCCAUAUUCUGGCAUAGCAAGUAAACCAGGAGAGAGAAAAAUGCGAUCAAGAUUCAAUCUCAAGUCUCAAGCUAUUUUACAUAAUCAAAAUUUGAAAAGAGAAUUAAAAAAUAAAAAGUCUAAAGCGAAAAUUCAGCAGACGAAAAAAGAACAACGGAUUUCUCAAAAAGAAAUAAGGCCGAAGCAGGGUUCAAAGAGAAAAGCGAACAAAGAAGAUAUAAACUUCAGCAAAUUGGUAAACAAUUAUAAAAAUAAAUUAAUGGCAACGCCUAAGGAAAAAUCCAAGUGGUACGAAACGUGAUAAUUUAUUUUUCAAAAAUUAGGAUAUAUUUUCGUUGUAAU